ACACUGUUUUCUUUGCCCUAGCUCCCAGCUCAACAUCUCAUAAUAAGCUCAAACAGUUGAACAGUCAGAGGCAAACAAUAAUACUAUUUUAAAGUUAAAGAAGUUCUACUGCUUGAUUCAAUAGUCUGUGAUAGUUCUGCGUGCAUUGCCUGAUUGUUACGUGAUGUCUCCAAGGAUCUUUUAAAGCAAGACGCACAACGAAAAUGGUAGAAAACAAGGUGCACGUUAAUUUUGCCUGCCAGAGGUGCUUGCAGCCUCUGAAACUAGACUCGACUUUCGACGCUCUCGCUGAUCAAACCCUCGCUGACCUUGCAGUUCCAUUGUGCCAAAGCCCAGGGAUCGAUUUAGAGGCGCAAGCUGCUGGCUUUGAUAGAUUCAUUCCUCCGUUUCGUUUGGCAGACUCGACAGCAACUGGUACCAAUGGGUUUAUGCUUGUUGGAGGAGAUGGAGAAUAUGAAGGAUUCAGCCACCACUAUAAAGUAAAUGCUGCUCUCUUUGACGCUCUCUCUAAUAAUUCUGAAAUCGACCAUCCCCUCUGUGAAGAAUGCACUGACACAAUUCUUGAACUGUUGAAACGCCAGGUUCUGCAAACAGAAGACGAGCAAAGAGACUACAAGGAUUACUUGGAAAGACUGUUGUCAGAGCAUUAUGAUGAAUCCACGGAAGAAUUGGAAGCUGAGCUCCAGCAGCUGCAAUUGGAAGAGCUUACCCUUAUUCAAGACCUCGAGAACUUAAAAUCACUAGAACUCGAGGCAAAGUUAUCAGUGAAGCAAAAACAGCUUGCCAAAGAGCAGUUGGAAAAGGAGGAAGCCAAAUACUGGAGGGAAUACACUAAGCAUAGGCGUGAAUUACUCAUCACUGAAGACGAAGAGAAAUCCCUGAGGUGUCAGCUAGCAUACACACGGUCUCAGCUGGAGAAGUUGAAGAAAACUAAUGUCUUCAACGCCACUUUCCACAUUUGGCACAGUGGCCACUUUGGCACCAUCAACAAUUUCAGAUUGGGUAGACUUCCAAGUGCGCCGGUUGAUUGGAGUGAAAUCAAUGCAGCCUGGGGUCAAACUGCUCUCUUGCUUGCUUCACUGGCUAGAAAAAUCAACCUCACUUUUGCGAGAUACCGAUUAGUUCCAUACGGGAAUCACUCUUAUAUUGAAGUUUUAGCAGAAAACAAGGAACUUCCUCUGUACGGGUCAGGAGGAUUUCGUUUCCUCUGGGAUAACAAGUUUGAUGCUGCUAUGGUCGCGUUUUUAGACUUGAUGCAGCAGUUUAAGGAAGAAGUCGAGAGGGGAGAAUCCGGAUUCUGUUUGCCAUACGGAGUGGAAAAAGGAAAAGUUGAAGAUACCACGUCUGGAAACUCCUAUUCAAUCAAGAUUCAAUUCAACUCUGAGGAACAGUGGACAAAGGCGCUGAAGUUUGUAUUAACCAAUCUGAAAUGGGGCUUAGCUUGGGUAUCUGCCCAGUUCAGCAAAGAAGACGAGGAGGCUUUGUGAAUUAACCAAGUCAGAGCAAAGAGGAAACCACCAGGACUAAGGACAUCUUCUCUCUUCAUGUACUUUUUGGCUUCUUCUAUGCUCAUCUCAAUGACUUCAAUCAGCUCACCUUCGUCCAGGUUUCCUCCACCUGUGGAGAUAGAACAAAACUUUACUCCACUGAAAUUGGAGGUCUGUGCUUCAAACCUUUUGAAGUUCUCAUCUCGUCAGUGACCUCAACAUAAUAAACGGUCUGCUUAUCACCAGAUACUCCAACACCAGACCUACUUUUGAUAAAUUUUGUUAGAUUCAAGUCAGUCAUAAUAAAAGUAAUAUCUGCUUUGUAACAAUGA